AUGGACAUCAAGCUUCUUAACGGGGAUCCGCAGUUGACUGCCCGGUCCCUAAGACCCCGACGCGAGUUUGAUACGGGUCCCUCAGACCUCCAGAAAGUCAAAUUCCGCUAUAGUGACUACGUCACUCUCAAUGGACCGGACGACUCCAGUGAUGUGUUCCUGGUCUACGAAACCGAGUUGUGGAAAAAAGACCGGUUCUUCGUCGACAGCGGAGCUGGCACGGUCCCCAAUUUCAAGGCCUGCCAUCCCAGCGAACAUACGCCGUAUCGCCCCAUGUGCAGAGUCGCUAGGAUCUCCGAUUGGAAAACUGCAUGGAUUCCCGAGGAGCGGUUGAGAAUGGCCGACGUCUGUGGGGUUUUCAAAGAUGGGACAAGGAUCUGGGGCAGCACCCUGUUGGACGACAAUGACGACUUAGACUUUGAGGAAGAUGGCGACGAGGAAGAUGGCGACGAGGAAGAUGGCGACGAGGAAGAUGGCGACGACGACGAGGAAGAUGGCGACGAGGAAGUUGGCGACGAGGAAGUUGGCGACUACGACGAGGAAGAUGGCGACGAGGAAGUUGGCGAUUACGACGACGACGAUGACAUGCAAAACAACGAAACUCAGCCGUCAGAGCACGAUCAUCCCGAUCCCGAUCAAGAUGGAAUCGUGGAACGCUCGUAUGAGUGUAAGGCGCGCUAUUCGGACACUCCACGCACAAUCACCUAUAUUCUCCCUCCCCGAACACCAGAUCCAGACGUCAUAAGCGAGCAAGAGAAACAACAGCCUAAACCGCAACCGCAACCGCGAAACACAUGCACUCUGCCGGUUCGAGGCGCACUGAAACGACAGUAUCCGGUGUCAGAUAUCACAGGUGGGCUUCCUGGAGACAGCAGCAAUGCAGACAGAGAUGGAGAUGCAGAUGCAGAUGCAGGGAACGAGAGAUCGCGCAAGCGGAGAAAGGGAGACAAAGCUCUCGGUGUCUGA